UAACGCUCAGAUUUAUUUUGUAUUAGUCAAAGGACCAGUAGUCCCAGUCAGUAGUCAAAUAAUCCAAGUACACACAACAGCGUAAAAUGGAGGAAUACGCGCGUGAGCCGUGCCCCUAUCGCAUUGUGGACGAUUGUGGCGGAGCCUUUGCCAUGGGCUCCAUUGGCAGUGGCCUCUUCCAGGGACUCAAGGGUUUCCGCAACGCGCCCCAGGGCAUGCGGCGCCGCGUCAUGGGUGGCGUAUCGGCGAUCAAGUACCGCUCGCCCGCGAUAGCCGGCAACUUUGCCGCUUGGGGCGGACUCUUCAGCAUUGUGGACUGCACCAUGGUGGGCCUGCGCCGGAAGGAGGAUCCCUGGAACUCGAUCAUCAGUGGAGCCAUCACUGGCGGGAUCCUAUCCGGACGCAAAGGAAAGGCUACCAUGGUCUACAGUGCAAUCGUCGGGGGCCUGCUCCUCACAAUCAUCGAGGGCGUGGGCAUUCUCUUCACGCGCCUCUCGGCGGAUCAAUACCGCAAUGUAGUGUCGCCACCCAAUCCGCAGGAUGCCCAAAUUGGAUUGGAUGAGUUCACUUUCGGUGCAGCCAGCGCCAACAUGUAAACCAAAUUAUCGUUUCAUUUUCCUGCCGCUAAGAGUAAAGUCAACUGCCGCACAAGCAA